AUGCAAAUUCUAUUUGUUUUGUUAGCUCUGGGGUUAGCUAAAAGUCUUUCUUGCAACUCAUAUCAAUGUAAGACUCCAAGCCAAAAUUUACAACAAAAUCAAUGUAUAUAUAGGCUAUCCACCAUUAUGGAUAGUUCCGAAUGAGCGUUGUCUUAGCAAGGUCUGAUGACUUUUAGCUUAGCCAACUUAUAUAAGGCAAAUUUAGCCGAUAAUAGCUGAGCUUGCCAUCUCAAUUUUAAGAACCAAAAAUCCUCAAAAAGGAUUCUUCUAAAUCUGAUCUAUAACAGCAGACAGGCUAUAUUGGGAUCAAGCCACUAAUGGGUAUUUUCUUCAACUAUGCACAGAAAUAGAAAAACCUUAUUGCCAGCUUCCAGACGAGCUUACUCCCUCAAAUGAAACAUGCAGCCAAAUCCAGCCCUCAGCCCCGCUUAUAUACCCAGGCGAAAAAUGCACCACCAGCUCAGACUGUGCACAUUCAAAGCAAGGCUGUCUCCAAGGUGUCUGUCGAGGAACCUUAGAAAAUCAAAGCUGCACAUCGUCUUGGGACUGCGAUAUUGGUCUUUAUUGCAGUCCUACAAAUGUCUGCACAAAAUUAAUCUCUGAUGGCGGAAAAGGCUGCAGAUCAGAAUUUGACUGUGAAAACUGACUUGGCUGUGAUAUUGAUGAAAAUUCCCACUCAACAGAAGGGACAUGCAGGCCUUAUUAUAGUAUUUUGCCUCAUGAGACUGUAAAAUCAUGCUCUUCAGAAGGAAUAAAUACCUUAUGUUCUUCUAAUAUGUGUGGGAUCCCAGAACUAGGUGAAAAUAUUGUUUGUACAAAGCCAUUAUCUUCAUCAAAAAAAGUUCCAAUGCCUUGUGACUCAGACGCCUCAUGUACUUCAACCACUGACGACUUAUUUAAGACAACAUUUUAUAGUAACUGUUCUUGUGGUUAUAAUCCAGAAGGGGAAGCUUUUUGUAAUUUAUUCCCUAAUGAUGAGCCAUUUGAGAAAUUUAUUAAAAUAAUGACAAAAUGAUAUCAUAGUGAAAGUGUAAAACGGCUCGUUUGGCUUUUGAGAGAUACGGGAUGUCCAUAAAAUGAAGAGCCAAUAUGUAAUUAAAAGAAAAGAGUCAGUAUCUCUUAUCAAUAAGAAAACAUUAUGUCCUUCAGGUAACUCAUAAUAAGGAGCAAAAAAAAACCAUUAAAUUUGACAGUAAAAAAUUUUUUUUAUAUCACAAAAAUAGAAGAUUCUAGAUCUCCACAAAAAUGGAAACAGUUGAGUCCUUAAUAAAAAAGACCUAGUAACUAAGCAAAAUAGACGAUACCAGCAAUUCAUCAAUGCAACCUAACGGUCUAGAUAAUUUGCGAGAGUCUAAUGAAAAUAAAAAAAAUUUCGAUAAACGCUUGCUUCAAUAAAAAACGGAAUUGCUAUGCUUAUAAGUCAAAUUUCAGCCAGUUAAAUAAAAAAACGGAAUCCAUCUCUUUUUCUCAAGAUAUAUCGGCUUAUUAGGUGCUGCAAAAACCCGCUUAAAAAGACCGUUAUAUUUGCGCAAAAAUUAAUAUAAUUUCUGCCAAUUUGCGUUGCAACACACAUUAAUAUAGUGAAACGAUGCUUUAUUUUGAUCCUUAUUUAUAUUAUAUUUUAUGUCUUAUAUAAGAGAAUUUAAUAUGAUCUUAUAUUUCGAAACUAUCAACUCAUGAAAAUGUGUGAAAUCGUUUGCUCAGUGAAAAAAGCAUUAAACAGAGCUCCUUAAAAAAGAAAUUUAUUUUUUAAGAAAAAUAAAAUUAAAAAUUUGUUAUUUAAAUACUUUUAGAGCAAGCUUUGCUUAUUUAUUGCGCUUUUUUGUACAAAUAGUAGUAACAAUAUUUAAGGUAAAUCAUACUUAUUUCAGUUCUAAGUGUGCCUCUUUCAGUGGCUAUUAAAGAUAUUAAAAUUAUUAAAAAAUAUAUAAAACCCUUUUUUAAGGAAAUUAACCCAAAAAAUAUUGCAAAUUUUGGUCAUCGUUUUGAUAUAUUUUGAAAGAAUAUGUCUUGAAAAACGGUUUUUUAUAUAUUUUUUAAUAAUUUUAAUAUCUUUAAUAGCCACUGAAAGAGGCACACUUAGAACUGAAAUAAGUAUGAUUUACCUUAAAUAUUGUUACUAUUUGUACAAAAAAGCGCAAUAAAUAAGCAAAGCUUGCUCUAAAAGUAUUUAAUAACAAAAAAUUUUAAUUUAUUUUUCUUAAAAAAAUAAAUUUCUUUUUUUAGGAGCUCUGUUUAAUGCUUUUUUCACUGAGCAAACGAUUUCACAUUUUCAUGAGUUGAUAGUUUCGAAAUAUAAGAUCAUAUUAAAUUCUCUUAUAUAAGACAUAAAAUAUAAUAUAAAUAAGGAUCAAAAUAAAGCAUCGUUUCACUAUAUUAAUGUGUGUUGCAACGCAAAUUGGCAGAAAUUAUAUUAAUUUUUGCGCAAAUAUAACGGUCUUUUUAAGCGGGUUUUGCAGCACCUAAUAAACCGUUAUAUCUUGAGAAAAAGAGAUGAAAUUCGUUUUUUACUGAGAUGACUUAAACCCAAUUUAGUGACAUAAUGAUUUAUUUUUUUAUUAACUCCCCCCCCCCCCCUCCGUGAGCGAACAAAAAAAUUUUGUUCGCUCACGGAGGGGGGUUAAUUUUUUUUUUUAAAAAAAAUUUAUAUAUAAAUUUUAUAAAAAAUAUUUUUUUCGAAAUUUAAAAAAAUCCUAAUUUGCAAAAAUUGGGAAGCAAAUAUUAAUUUAAUUUGCAAAAUUUAUGUUUUAAAACGCAAUUUGUUUAAAAUUAAACAGAAUUAGCUCUAGAUUUCAUUAUACUAAUUAUCACUUAUAUAUCAAAAUUUUUUUCCAUUAAAAUUUUUUCUAUUAAAAAAAAUUUUUGUUCACUCACGGAGGGUGGGUUUUUGGUCAAAAAAUGGUGAUUUUUUCUAAUGGUUUUGUUCGCUCACGGAGGGGGGGGGGGAGUAAGAGAAGCGUUUAUUGAUUUUUUAAUAUAUUCAGAAUGGAAUUGCAAACAAGGUAUAACGUCAGUUUGCUAUUAUAUGAAACUGUCAGAUCUUAUUUCCAGUGCAUAUAAGUUGCUUAUUUAAUAGAUUUAACAGUAUCAUAGUUUAUAUAACCAACAAGCUUUUUUCAUUAAGACAUAAAAAAAAAAAUUUUUACAGUCAAAUUUAAUGGUUUUUUUGUUCCUUAUUAUAAGUUACUUAUAGUAAAUAAUGAUAUCUUAUUGAUGUGAAACACUGGCUCUUUUCUUUUAAUUAUAUAUUGGUUUCUUAUAUUAUAUACAGCCCCGCAUCUCUCAAAAGCCAAACGAGCCGUGUAAAAAACAGUGCCAUACUAUGAGAAGAAAUGCUUGAAAUUGUAUUACAGACUGGUGGAAUACAAAUGAUGCGACGACACUAAUAUAUUUUCAGCUUAAGGUAGAAAGGUGGCCUUAUAUACAGAAAAAUGAUAUGUGUGUGAGCACUAUUUAUGAAGUGGAAUAUAAUUUUUGGAAACAAGCCUAUGAGAAAAUGGUAGACGACAAUGAUGACGAUGAUAAUGGGAUUUUGAUGUAUUUAGCAGAAGGGUUAGGGUUAUUCUUAUACUUAUAAGCAGAAUUAUUUUGAAAAUAAUCUAAUUUAGCAAAAUUUAAUGAUUAUUUUUUAGUAAAUAAAGAUUUUGCAGGCUAAUCUUGAUUUUAGAAUGAUUUCAAUAGAGCAUAA